UUUGAUGACGUCUAAAAGCCGGGCGGAUCCCAAACAGUGAUACUGGUUGGAGUGUUUCAUUAUUCUUGUACAAAUUUACAGAUUUUGGUGGAUAAAUUAUUCGUGUGAAGAUGCUUAUCGCUACAGGAAAAUGGAUUUUAUUGUUAAUAGUUUCUUUUUUAUUUUCAGAAUGCAUCUACUGCAAUUCAGUUGAACAGAAAAUCUAUGUGACUUUAAACAAAACUGUCCCUUGUGUUAGACUACUGAAUGCAACCCAUCAAAUUGGCUGCCAAUCGUCAAUUUCUGGCGAUACUGGUGUUAUCCACGUGGUCGGUGACGAUUCUGAUUUAGAAUGGGUUCUUAAAACCGGGAAUACUCCACCUUAUAUGGUGCUACUGGAUGGGUCACUCUUUACAAGAGAAGUGAUGAUAAAAAUGAAGGACAGCACACGUGUGGCAGGUGUUGCAGUGGUAGUUCCUAAGAAAGGUCCUGAAGGUGGCUUUUCACCACAUCAGAAAUGUCCAAAUGACAAAUCAAGUGUUUAUUCAAACAGUUAUGGUGAAGAAUAUGCCCACUGUAACAAGACAGUGUGGAACCCCCUUGGUAAUGACUUGUCAUAUGAAGAUUUCCAUUUCCCGAUCUUUAUGAUGCAGGAUGAAAAUGAGACAGAAGUUGUGAAAAAGUGUUUCUUUGAUCACAAUGUCCCUGUGAAUGGCUCUGGACCCAGUUAUCCAUUGUGUGCAAUGCAGUUGUUUUCACAUAUGCAUGCUGCCACCAACACAGUCACCUGUAUGAGGCGUAAUGAUCUCCAGGCAACUUUCAGUAUCAAUCCAGAAGUGUUAUGCGACCCAUUAAGUGACUAUAAUAUCUAUAGUUUCCUACAUCCUGUUAACAACUCUGGACCUAAAAACCCUGAUGAGAAAGUAAUUAUUGCUGCUGCAAGGAUGGACACACGGUCAUUCUUCUGGGAUUUUGCCCCCGGAGGCGAAAGUGCUGUCUCUGGCUUUGUAACACUGCUGGCUGUUGCUGAGACUCUAUCAAAAAUAUCUGAAAACCUUACCAGUCCCUUAAAAAAAAAUAUCUUGUUCUCGUUCUUCCAGGGUGAGGUGUUUGACUACAUUGGUAGUUCCCGUAUGGUGUACGAUAUGCAGAAGGGCACAUUUGUCAUUGGCCUAGAAAACAUUGACACGUUUAUUGAAAUUGGCCAAGUGGGAUUACGAAGUGCAUCACAGCUUUGGAUUCACAGUGAUCCAGUUUCCCGACAAAAUGCCUCAAUUGACAAUGAGGUGAAAAAUUUGUCAUCCACUUUAAUGAAAGUUGGCAAUGAUUCAAAUGUUCCUAUCUUCGAGCCCAGUUUCUCUCAGCCCCUUCCUCCUUCCUCCUUUCAGAGCUUUCUAAAAGCUCAGUAUAUCCCAGGUGUUGUUCUUACAGAUCACCAGUCAGCAUUUAGCAACAGGUAUUAUGAGAGCAUUUAUGACACUUCUGAGAAUCUGAACAUGUCGUAUCCCAGUGAACUGGGGCCAGAAGAGCAGUUAGAAUUUGUUACUGCUGCAGCUCAGUCUCUCUCUGAGGUAGCUACGGUUGUAGCCAAAACCUUAUUCAAACAAGCUGGUGGCAGUGAAGAAGAUUUGUUCAAAGUGCGGGCUGACCCCAAAACGGUUACAAAAAUGUUGUAUGGAUUUGCAAUUCGAUCCAAUAACUCAUGGUUCAGGUCACUCGUCAAUCAAGACGUUAAGCCAAGUCUAGUGAACGGACCACCUCAAUAUUAUGUGGGAGUGAUUUUGCCAAACUCAAGCCCUAAACAAAAGCGUUUAAUUCAGUAUGUCUUGGCAAACCUAACUGGCACAGUGGCAAACCUGACUAAAGAACAAUGCCAAAAUACAGACAAGAGUGGUGACCAGAACAGAGAGCUUUAUGAUUAUUUCUGGAUUCAAGGCUCUGUGCCUCUGAACGGUUCUGAUCCAGUUUCCUAUUGCGUACGCUCAACAGUACGUCUGGGUGAAGCUGUUUCUCCAGCCUUUGUCCUUAAGCAAUAUGGUGCCCUUAAUUAUUCUACCUGGACAGAAUCCCGCUGGAAAGAAAUUAAAGCUCGAAUAUUUUUAGUCUCAAGCAAGGAACUGGAGAUGUUGACUCUUGCGAUUGGAAUUGCAAUUCUGGUCAUAUCAUUAUUGGUGACGUAUUUUAUCAGCACCAAAGCAGAUAUUUUGUUCACUGUGAGCCGAGAACCCAGCACAGCCGCCUAUUGAUGGACUGUCAUUUUUAGGAAAGGACUAGUCGUCUGUUCAAGACAGUGCUCCUAAAAAUAAACACUAGAAGACUGGAAAAUUCAGCUUUGAUGAGAAUGAACCUACAUUUCCAAGAUGGAUGAAAAUCCUGAUAAAAUGGACCUUUUGUAGCACUGCUAAGUGAUUGUGUGCACUGUUAAAUUGGAUUUGCUAAUCACACACAUUUGGUUUCUGUUGCCCUGUCCAGCCUAUGAAUUUUAACACGUUCCCAUACCAGCUUUUGUUAGGUUAGGGUUCAUUUUCAGUACGUGUUUAACAUGCCCACGUUAAUUCAACAUUUCCUUCCUUAUUGCUGGUUUAUUAUUACUGUAAUUGUGUGCAUCUCUUAUCACUUUACAUGUAAACACACAGAAAUUUGUGAACCCUCUUUCAUCGUCUAAUUUUGUUUUUGAUAAUGGAUACAAUGGAUGCCUUUUUUUUUUCUGCUAAAUUCACUCAAGGUUGUAUUAAAUCAGUAUUUAAAUGUGGCACCGCACAACUGCCAGAUAACGCGUAGUUGACAGGAGUCGACCCCACUGCAGUCCUAAGCUUUAAAAGGUUACACAUCGUCCUGCUGGACUUUUUAGUGUAUUAUUUGUAAUUUCUCUGCUCAAAGAUCGAUCUUGCUAGAUUGAAGGGUAAUGCCACGUAGAUAGAUGACUUAAGUAGGUGAUUUAAUAAGGCUCCUUUUUUUCAAGUUUUGUCUGAAUGAUUGGUAAUUUGAUGUAAUUAUUUUAUAUUUCUGCAUUCAACAUGCCACUUCAGAAUUUUAUGAGGUGUAAUAAAAUAAAAGGUGUGUACUUAAGUACAAGAUGUAUUUUUGAAUGUCGGUAAGCAGGUCUGGUAUGCGGUAUUUAUAAAAGCUAUGGUCGCCGGGUUAAUCGGUACAAACCAAUGCAUUGUUAACCAGAACGACAAACUCAUUUUAAUGUGAUCACAUCUGUACAUAAAUGUGACACUAAUCCCUGAGCUGGACUCCUUACAGGGAUUGCGAAGACAAAGUUUCCAUUCAGGGGAUUUCACACUGUAUGUAUAGCGUGGAAGUACAUUAUUUAAAAAUGCAUUAACCUUUUUUCAAUUUUUGUAUUCCAUUUGUUAGUUUAAAUUCUACCUCGAAUGAAAAGAAUAAAUUGUUUGCUUUU